CAGGCUGAAGGGGCAUUCUGCUGUGUGGGAGGUCUCUGGGAAGACAGGUUGCUCACGGCAAAGCCUGUGGUGAAGGUCUCAGAGGCCUCUCAGGGGAAGUCUCAGGGUCCCCAGUAAGGAGAACAAGGGAGGAGAUUGUGGGUCCCCAGAAAGGGUUGUUGAGGGAGGGGCCUGGGGCACCCGUGGAACUGAAGGAGGGGGUCUUCAGGUCCCCAGAAGCAGGGGCCUCAGGCAGGAGUGCUAGGGGAGAAGUGUGGAGAAGGCGGGCUCCUAAGCUGGGGGCCUGGGGUGGGAAGGGCCUCGGCCCAUCCUGCCCUUGUGGCCCCCGGCUGCAGCCUCAGUGGCAUGGGGGUGAAGCGGAGCCUCCAGAGCGGGGGCAUUCUGCUCAGCCUCUUGGCCAACGUCCUCAUGGUGCUCUCCACGGCCACCAACUACUGGACUCGCCAACACGAGGGCCACAGUGGCCUGUGGCAGGAAUGCAACCACCGCAUUUGCUCCAACAUCCCCUGCCAGAGUGAGGAGGCUCGGCCCGCCCUGAUGUCAGACGGCACUUCAGACCCCCAGGGCUCGGGACACAGGGCUGGGCCCACCGCAAGGCACCCGCCACUUCCAUCCCGUGCUCAGAUGCAGCUGUCCCUCCUCGACCGAGGCAGCCACGAACCCCUCCCUCAGGCUUGUGGGCUUAUCCCCGAACCCCUUCCCAUCCCGGUAGCGGCAGUAACCGCAGGUCCUGAUGUGACCUCCAAGGCCCGGUCCAAACGCCUGACUCCAGGUCGGGGAAGCCGGACUCCAGGCCAAGUACCGGGUGGGGGGAGGAGCCAGGAGAGCUUCCGGUUGCGGCCGAAGCCGUCGCGGCUGGGGGCGGUCCCCGCGGGGGCUGAGGCGCCCACUCUCCUCAGCCACGCUGGCCGUGACAGCGGCGUGCAUGGUGCUGGCGGCGGGCUUCGGCGUGGUGGGCAUGGUGUUGGGACUGUGGAUUCGGUGGCACGAGGGCGAGUCGCGGCGGGGCCAGAUCACAAGCGCCUUCCUCUUCCUCGGCGGACUGCUGCUGCUGACAGCCUUGAUAGGCUACACGGCGAAGAACACGUGGAAGAACAACGUCUUCUUCUCCUGGUCCUAUUUUUCUGGGUGGCUGGCCUUACCCUUCUCAAUUCUCGCGGGUAACGUGGACAGCGGGAAGAGGGUGGAGGAGGCUACCCAGAAGGCUCCCCAGCCGCCCUUCCAGGAAACCCCGGGGACUUCUCAGGGACUCCCUAACACACUCGCGACUCCCACAGACCCGGCAGAGACCCCCUUGGAGCCCCAAAACCCCAGUCCCAGGGGCACGCCUGGCCAUCCGCCCCAGGGCCCACCUUCCUCUCCCUGCCCCGCGCUCCCGUCCCCCCAGGCGUCUGCUUUCUACUGGCAGACAUGAUCGUGCAGAGCACCGACGCCAUCAGAGGAUUCCCCGUGUGUCUGUGACCGUAUCCUGCCUGGGGCAGAAUAAAGGAACGGCUUUUUUUGUUUUUUA